AUGCGGCGAGAGACGGGGGCACCAGCCGCAGGGCGAGAAGUCGCUGCCCAGAGGAAGCGGUUGGAGCCCGAGCCGAGCCCGGUGAUGGCUGCAGCGGGGCCGGCGCAGCUCCAGGUGGCGUUCGAGGACGUCGCUCUGUAUUUCUCCCAGGAGGAGUGGGAGCUCUUAACCCGGCCAGAGAAGCAGCUGUACCAGGACCAGAUGCUGAGGAAUUACCAGGCCCUCGUUUCCCUGGGCUAUUCAGGUUCCACACCGGACUUAAUCCACCGGAUUGAGCUAGGGGAGGCAGAGCUCUGGAUCUGGGAUGCCGAGAACUCCAGGCAAAGUUCAGGGUCUGAAAGCCUCUCCUCAGGGCUCGGGAUCCCAGGAGGAACGAGGGCACAGUUUGAAUGUGGGGAGAGCGCGGCAGGAAAGCCGGAUCCCACAUCCCACAGAGGGAUCCAUGAACAGGACGCAGUCCAUCCCCGGGGUAAACUCAGCCAGAGACCGGAUCUGGCUACACACCAGAGACUCCCCAUUGGCCGGCAUCCCCGUCACUGCGUCGACUGCGGCAAGAGAUUCAGCAACCCCUCCGCGCUGACCCAGCACCGGCGCAUGCAUAUUGGGGAGAGGCCGUACCACUGUGCUGCCUGUGGGAGGAGCUUCAGACAGUCCUUAGUCCUGAGAAUUCACCAGCUUACGCACACCAGGGAGCGGCCGCACCACUGUGCGGACUGCGGCAAGGGCUUUGCACAGAGCUCAAGCCUCAGUAGACAUCAGCGCACACACACCGGGGAGCGGCCGCACUGCUGUGCUGACUGUGGCAAGGGCUUUUCACAGAUUUCACACAUGAGAAUCCAUCAGCGCACACACACGGGGGAGCGGCCGCAUCGCUGUGCUGACUGUGGCAAGGGCUUUGCACACAGCUCAAGCCUCAGCAAACACCAGCACACGCACACCGGGGAGCGGCCGCAUCGCUGCUCUGACUGUGGCAAGGGCUUUUCACAGAUUGCACACCUGAGAGUCCAUCAACGCACACACACCGGGGAGCGGCCGCACCGCUGUGCUGACUGUGGCAAGAGCUUUGUACAGAGCUCAGUCCUGAGAAGACACCAGCGCACACACACCGGGGAGCGGCCGCACUGCUGUGCUGACUGUGGCAAGUGCUUUGGACAGGGCUCAGUCCUGAGAAGACACCAGCGCACGCACACCGGGGAGCGGCCGCACCGCUGUGUUGACUGUGGCAAGGGCUUUACACGCAGCUCAAGCCUCAGCAGACACCAGCGCACACACACCGGGGAGCGGCCUCAUCGCUGUGCCGACUGCGGCAAGUGCUUUAUACAGAGCUCAAUCCUGAGAAGACAUCAGCGCACACACACCGGGGAGCGGCCACAUCGCUGUGCUGACUGCGGGAAGAGCUUUGCACGAAGCUCAAACCUGAGAAGACACCAGCGCGCACACACCGGGGAGCGGCCGCACCGCUGUGCUGACUGCGGCAAGUGCUUUGGACAGAUCUCACACCUGAUAGUCCAUCAGCGCACGCACACCGGGGAGCGGCCACAUCGCUGUGCUGACUGCGGCAAGGGCUUUGUACAGAUUUCACACCUGAGAGUCCAUCAGCGCACACACACCGUGGAGGGGCCGCACCACUGUGCUGACUGUGGGAAGCGCUUUACUAGGUUGGCCAACCUCAUCCAGCACCAAAUCACGCACAGCAGUGCCCCUCUGCCAAGGCCAGGGCCUAAGGGGCUUCUGGCAGCAAGUGGGCCUGGCACAGCACCAGCACGUGUGGACCAGGGAGUGGUCCUGUGCCCAUGAUGCCUGCAGAGAGACUGUGUGGGGCAGGGAAGGGGACUUGGCUGAGUAAUAUGGGGAAGAGCAAACAGCUGGGGGAAUUUAGAGCAGAUGGUCACAGCCUACUCCAUUUGGGAGCACCCGCACUGCCACCUCCACCCCCUGUAGGUGGGAUCCAGCCAGGCCUUUUGCUUUCUAUCCCACACUCACGCAUCUGGCUGGGAUGCAGCCGGGACACCCUCACACCCCUCUAGAUGGGACCCAGCCGGGAACCUCCCCACACACCUACCUCAGUUCCAGCCAGCGGGUGACUCUUGGGUGACAUCUAGAGGUGGGAUUUGCAGUCCUGUCUCAGCAUGGAUUGGGCUGAGGGCGGGACAGCCUGGUACAUGUGAUUGAAAGACAACGCAGGAACUGUUCAUGCCAUCUUUUUAAAUACAAAUGUGAUGAAGAAGAACUAUGUCCUUAAUGUGUUACAAAGGUCUGUCUAACCAGGGUGGAUUUGAUUUAAAUCAAAUUGAUUUAAAUCACUAGUCGGGAAGAAUCGAUUUAUGUAGAAAUCCAUGAUUAAAAGUGCAUUCUUGUUGGGGUUGUUAUAACCUUAAUACAUAUUCUUCAGAACUCAGAGAUAGAUGUAGGUUUCAUUUUUAGAAGGUUACACACUAUACAUUAAGUGAUUUAUUUUGAAAACUUUUCAGAUUAGUUUUAUAGCCAUAUCAGAAAAUGAAUGAUUGUUUGGUUAUUUCAUUUACCAAAGGUAAUUGAAGCAGAUAUUUAUGAAGUCAUUGGGAGGUGAACUAUCUCCAAUUCAACAGGUUAAUCAUUAAUAUUUGGAGGAUUUUCUUGCCAGGCUGUAUGAGGAGGAGAACAUCACCAGACAGACAUUUAAAUUGUUUUAUUUAACUAAAGCAACAACGUUAUGUAUU